AUGUUAUUAUCAACCUAUACUCAAUCGUGGCUUCUAUUAGUUCCACUUAUUCCGUCGAUUCUAAUCAGUAUUUUUAAUCUAUAUCAUCUAUUAAAAGAUCGUGCACUUCGUCAUGCUCUAAAUAAUCAUGUCAUUAUUUGUUUAUUAUUCUUUGGUCUUAUGGAAGAAUUGACUGAUAUUGCACUGCAUGUUCAAUUCUAUCGUACAGGAAUUGUUCUAAUACGAACUCCGGCAUUUUGUCUCUUUUGGAUUAUUAUUAGUUCAAGUCUUCUAGUAUCGAUUUAUUGGUUGAUGGCUUGGGCAUCAAUUGAACGACAUAUUUUUAUUUUUUAUCCACAUUGUUUUGCAACAAGCAAAAAACUUUUUUUUGAUCAUUAUUUUCCUUUAAUUUUAUAUAUUUGCGUUUUUAGUUCAUCCUUGUAA